AUGCCGCCUUUUGUGGGCUGGCUCAAAACGGGCCGCAAAGCGAGUGAGGAUCACUGGGACACUUUGGAAGUGGACCGGUGGGUCGAGUUCGUCGCCCUGGAUGACGCCGGAAAACAGCAAGGACGAGUGUUGGCGUAUCUUGUUGCCGAAGGAGAGAGUGGACGAAUGAAGGCUGGCAAGAUCCUGGUCGCUCAUGUUCUGGGGUGCGAGGACGAGUACUACGAGCACUGGCUGGAUGGUACUUAUGGGGUCUAUAGACUGGACCGUCGCUGCCCUUUGCAUUUCUGCGCCACACAUGCCAGCCGUUGUCGAGAGCCAACUGUGUACCGAGACAUUAUCCAUGUGGACGUGUUUCGCGUCUUGGAGCACGAGUCACUGGAUAAGCUGGCGUGGCUUCGUGAUGAAGUUCGAGGCCGGAUGGUGGCCUACCCCGCCUACGUUGCCCAUGUGACCGCUGCUCCUGGGGUUUGGCUGGAGCCUUGGGCGCUGGCGUUGCCCAGUCAGAAGAAGAAGAAGCGUCGCAAAGGCGAGACUGCGGAGGACGCCGAGACGGAUGGUGGACACUCGCCAGAGGACUUGGCUGGGGAGAUCGCACGGCGUAAGCCUCAAGCCCCGUUGGCUUCCGCCUUGGAGCUGACUGGCGAUGCGGGUGACAAGAAGAAGAAAAAGAAGAAGGAGGAGGCUGAGACAUCGGACUCCAGCUACAGCAGCGAGGACUCAGUUUUUCGGUUGGCCGCCCUUCCUCGAGGAGUGGAGCGACUAAGGAGGAUUCAUCAGCGAAAGCCAGGGAAGCUAGCUUCGCUGACCCUUCUGAGUUUCAAGAGCUCCUACUGCGAGCACAAGGAGGGGAACCGGCACAGCCGAGCUCGCGAGUCCCGGGAGUCGCCAGGAACGACAGUGCGAGCACUAGACGUGCUUCUGCAGCGGCUGAAGGCGCUCGAGGUGGCACAGUCGCAAGGGAACUGGAGUCAGGCGGCAGAACUGGAGCUGGUCAUGACCCACGACCAAACAGCGGUAUUCAGACAAGAGUUGAAGGCCGCCCAGCAAGAGGUCAAAGCCGAUCUAGAGCUCCAGAAGGACCCACGCCGCCGGAGUUGGAGGCCACAGAGGUGGUUCGCGGCCGCCGACGCAGGCGAGACGGUGAAGGAGGACUUGGACAAGCCGCCGGAGAACGAGGACUCCUUCCCGGGCGAGAGUGGUCUGGUUGUUGAUGGCAUACUUCGGCUACCGGAGCUGGAAAGCGCCUUCCCUGGGAUCUAUUCUGAUGAUCCUUUGCCUGAUUAUCAGUUGGUGUUGGGAUUUUGUAGGAUCCCGGAGCUGGGUGACCUUCUGAAGUUUGGUCUCCGACAGCUGGCAAGUGAAAGCUCUCGAGAUCGCCUCCGCCACAACUUUGCCUGCUUCAUGGUGGACCACUCGGACCUGACUGCCGAACCGUUCCUGGCUAAGGCCAUUGAGUUCUUCGCCGAGUUUAACUCUCCAUGGGGCCCUCUGGAAUCGCUGGCCUUUGCUUCCAAUUUGGGGGCAGGGGGUGGCAUCUCCGGGGGGCUGCAUGGACGUGCGCUUGAGGAGGACUGCAAGAAGGUUCUUGAGCUCUUGCGGGCAAGCUUCACCGGCGAUGGUUCGUCGAAGCGUUCUGCAGUAGCUGCUGACGAAAGUCAGCCAACUGGAUAUUACAUCCUUGGUGCGUAUGGCUCGUCGGAGCGCUGCGGCAUCACCAGUGUCACAUCGAGACACUUCGGGGUGACCAAGGAACUCAACACUUGGCUUCGCACCUGGUUGCCGGGACACACUUGGACGAGCCUGUGCAUAAACUCGAAUGAGAAGAUUGCUCUUCAUGCUGACUUGGGAAAUCUCCCUGGCACUCUGAACCACUCAAUUGCCUUGGGUGACUUCGUCAAUGGUGCGCUUUGGGUUGAAGACUCUUCGGGCACCGAGCUACGUUCUUUCGACAAUGUCGACGGCCAACUUCAUGGACGUUGUGUGGAUACCCGCAGGCAGUUCUUCAGCUUUGAUGCCCGAAGCAGACGCUAUGUGCAGGAUUGGACUGGAGUGCGGUGGUCUGUGACGGCAUACACGUGUCGACGUCUCCAGGACUUUUCAAAGGCGGACCUGAAGACUUUGGUUGACUUGGGAUGGGACGCCUCCGAUGGCGGCAUCUAUGUUGGCCGUGGAAGUGCUGAACUUACCCGCAGUGUUUUUCAGGAAGGCAUGAGCGCCAAUUUCGAAGGGACGGCGGCCCAGCUUGCUUUGAGCGGGCGACCUCUCUAUGUCAUGGCUGGAGAGAUCGAUGCUGCCAAGCGACUUGUUGAUGAUUGGAACCUGCGACCUGGCCGGUGCUGGGUCAUGGAUACCUGGCGCUCGUGGCUCCGCUUUUGGCUGGUCGAUGGGGUGAACAUGGCCUUUGUUGGGCUGGUGCUCAAACUUGGUUUGGGGCAGACCUGGGCACUUGGGAAAUUUCAUCAGGAGUCUGCCGAGCUCUUGGCGGUCCAGGAAGAGAUGCUCCGGUUGUGGGAGCGUGGCUCGCUGGCGGCUGGAGAGCAGAUGUUGGGCCAAGUUAUGGCGCACCCCGACACCUGGACCGAAGGUCAGAAACAAGCAGUGGACCGAUUGCACAAGUACUCCCUCCUGUUGACCUCGGACUCCAACACGGAAGUGGCGAUUGAGAAGUGGGAGGUUGUUCGUCAGUCCCUCGGCGAUAUCUACUUCGGCCGUGAAGUGGAGAAAGCGUACCGCCUGUCCUGGAGGGCCAUUGAGCCCCAUGUCCCCGGUCCUGGGGAAGCAGGGAUUCCAGAUGCUGAGGUAGUAGAUCCCAGGUAUGAGGCUCCAGUCCUAGUGGAGUCCGACCGCGAGUACGACAUUAUUGUGUCGAACCUGGUGAAGGCUGGGAUGCUGGAGCGUGAAGUCGAAUCGGAGACCCUUCGCCUGAAUGAUCAUCCAGUGUACAAUGGUCUCUUUGGUGUGCACAAAGGAUGGAAGGAAGAGGACAAUGGUCAGUGGUUUCGCACGCUCCGCUUGAUUGUUAACUUGAUUCCGUCGAACAAGUGCCAAGGCAGGCUGCCGGUUCAGGCUUCAAAGAAGAUGGGUUACGCCCCGAUGUGGGGGAGAAUGACUUUGCUCGAAGAUGAGGUGGUCAUGUGUUAUGCCGAGGACCUCAAGCACUGCUUCCACGUCUUCUCCCCCGGCCAUAAGUGGCGUGGUUACUUCGUUCUGAACAAGCGAGCUUCUGGAAGUGCCUUCGAUGACGGGUUGCCCGACCACGCCAGGCCGAGGGUGAAGUCGGCCCCGAUGGGGUGGACUAAUAUAGUUGACUUUAUACAAGAUGGCUUGGAGCGCAUGGGCAGUAUUGCAGGAGUGCCUUCACAGAGAGUGAUCAAAAUGGGAGAGCCGAGCCCCAUGGCUGCCUUGACAACGCCGCGCUCCUUCUUCUCGUUCUACGUUGACAACUACGACCAGUUCACUGUGGUUGCUGAAAGCGAGAUUGGCAUCUAUGCCGGUCGUCCAAGCGAUGAGCAGUUGCAACUUCGUGAAGUCUUCAAGGUGUGGGACAUAGGACGUGACCCCAAAAAGUCAGCAGAAGGAGUGCUAAACUGGUCGAGCCUCGGUGCUGAGCAGUUGGGGCAUGAAGGCUUGGUUGGUUCUAUGAGGAAGCUUCGCCGGGGCAUCCUUGGUUCAACUUUGUGCCUUCUCCAGACAGGAGGAGUUCGAUGUGGCUCGCCGGAACUUCAGUCUUUGGUUGGGAAGUUCAUGCACUCUGUGCAAUUCUGCAGGCCCCUCGCAUCUAUGUUCGACUCCCUGUACAUGCACCUGUCGCAAGGGCCAAGCUCGUCACUCUGUGGUGAAGAGGCUCUUGAGGAGCUGCUUCUGCUGUCAAUGAGCCUGCCGAUGCACUGGCUGGACCAACGGCUCAAAACAUCGCCGACUGUGUAUGCCACAGAUGCCUCUCCUGAUGGUGGUGGAGCCUGCGCCAGUGUUGAGCUCUCAGCUCGUGGUCGCGCCAAAUGCCAGAACCUCCUUACGAUGGAUGACCUAGGCGGGAGGAAUGAUGAUGUGCUUGUCGUUGAGUUCUUCGGUGGCAUCGGUGGGCUACGCAGAGCGUUGGAGCUGCUGGGUGUGGUCCCUCAGGGGAUUGUGGAUGACAUUAAGAAGGUCACUGAGGAGAUGGUGCGUGAUUGGCGGCGCCAGUUCCCUCGGGUCAAGCGAGUGAUAGUUGGCGGCGGCUGGCCUUGCGUAAAUCACUCACUGCUGAAUUCAGCGCGAGAGGGUGCUGGCGCUGAGUCAUCUGAGCUCUUGGAUGUGAUGUUGCAAGUUGUGAAGUGGCUCCGCAAAUGCAGUAAGCCACUGCGCUUGCCUGACUGGGAGAUUGUGGAACUCUAUGAGAAUGUCGUCAUGGACGAGUUAGACCUGGAAACCCAGUCAUGGAAGAUUGGGUUUUACCCAAUGUUUGUGGAAGCUGGUGAUAUGCUUUGGUGCCGCCGACCUCGUCUUUGGUGGCUUCGUGGCUUGCCUCUGCUUGCUGCAACAGACCUGAGUGUGGCCGAGAAAGUGGACAAGUCGGCCUCGCCUCAUUAUGCGAGCCUUUCAAAGGUCAAGCGCGUGAAGCUUGCGUGCGCCAAGCCUGCGGUGACUACAGUUUUGGACCCCGGAUGCAAGAAGCUGCUGGAAGAUGAUGAGCCCUUCUUCACCUUUACUCGUCCUCAGGCAAGGACGGCUCCUCCACCGGACCCAGCGGGGUUGGCGAACUGCAGUCAGAAGGUUCUUGGUCGUUGGAAGGGAGACGCCUACCGCCUGGCGCCAUACCAGUAUCAAGAUGCCAACAUGAUCCGCUCAAGUGCUGGGAUCCGCCGUCCAAAUGCCAAAGAGCAACUUCGGAUGUUGGGCUUCUCGAACCGUCACCUCGAACUCUUGGGAACUCCUGGCCAACACCGGUGGUGGCGCGACUUUUGGCUGCCCUUGUUUUGGAUGCCUCGGAAGUUGCUGGGCGAAACCUUUGCAACGAGAUCAUGGAGGUUUGGGCCCGAGGCGGGCGAUUUGCCGACGGCUGCAUCCCUGCGUGCGCGCGGACGGGUGCAGUCACAGGAGGUCGCUGGCUUUAUAAGGUCCCUUCCUACUUCGUGGGCAGAUGAGCAGCUGCUGGUGUACCUGAUCUCCCAGAAUGUCACUCACCGGGGCACGGAUGUCGCACCAAGCCCCCAUGAUUGCGUCGGACUUCUGCCGACGGACUGUGGCCACAUCACUUUGCUGGAGCUCGUUGCGAUUCUCGACCUCUUGAAGAGACAAUCGAGGACCAAUGAGUGGCGCUCCUCCAAUGUCCUGGUGCUCGUGGACAACCAAGCGGUCAUUGCUGUUUUGGCGAAGGGCCGCUCCAGUGCUCGUCAACUCCAAGGCCCUCUCAGGCACGUGGCUAGCCUGAUGCUUAUGGGCCACUUCCGCUUGCUGGUGGCGUGGGUCAUGUCAGAGUGGAACCCGGCAGAUGGACCCAGCCGCUGGGUUGGGCGCCGGAAGUCUCAUCCUACUUCCUUCUUACUUUUGGACCGCUACCUUUGUGAAUUCAUCGAAGAGCUUUGGCAUGAUGGCGAACCUAAAGGUUAUGCUUCGGAUGCAUUGUCUGGCAUCGGACAUUUCAUACCUUCGGCAAAGCCUCACAUGAUUGCUGCCUGGCGCUUGCGUGCUGCUUGGGGUCGUGCGGAGUUACCAUGCCGAGCCCCACCGUUUACUGCUGUCAUCCUCUAUGGCUUAGCGCAAGCUGCCUAUAACAAGGGCUGGGAUGACACUGCGGUUUUACUCAUACUGGGCUUCCAUACGUUUGGACGCAGUGGCGAGCUCUUCAGUGCCCAAUGCAAAGACUUAGUGUUGUCUGGUACCGCAGGGACAUGGACUUUGCCCCUUAGCAAAUCUGGUCAGCGCACAGGCAUGACAGAAUCCAUCUUGCUGGAUGAUGCUUUCGUUUGCAAACUCCUGCAAAACUAUUUGCGUCGAAAAGCUCCGGGUGACCUUCUGUCAAAAGUUUCUCCCCAAGUCCAGCGGAAACGUCUUUAUGAACUCGUUGAAAGCUUGGAGCUCCACGCUCCAUACCGCUGGUACAGUGUUCGUCGUGGGGGGGCCACUCACUUUUUCAGACAAACUGGCAACCUGGCCCAGAUUUGCUCGAAAGGCCGCUGGAAUUCGCAGAAAACUGCAAAAAUUUACAUUUCUGAGGGCGUGGCUCAGCUGACUGAGUUGCAGCUUCCUGCGGCACAACUUCGAGCUAUGGAGGCGUUGGCCGUUCGUGCACGUCCCUCCUGGCAAAACUUCUUUUAA